CAGUUUUUGGCUACGAGCCACUUCAACGUCACAAUGAGUCAACAGGUGUAUAUAAACUAAAGCACGAGGGUCAGGACGCUCACCUGCUAAAAUCAUCAUGGAGGAUGAAAGAGAAUUUAUUAAGAAGCCGUGGGACACCUCUCGAGAGGUUCCUCACAUUGAAGAUGACCAAUCACCGUUCAAACUCAUGAAGUUACUGAAGCUCAUCACACUCACUGUCACUGCCGUGCUUGUUUUUGGAUUAGCAGUAUGUAGCAAGGCCUCGUUCCUGCUCCUCAUCACUUUGGCCAACGAAGGCACAAAGACCAUCUUAUCCGACCACAAACCUGUGGCUCUGCUGUGCAUCGGCUGCUCGCUCGUUGCCUCCAGCGUCCUUCUCCUGUUGAAAAGCGUGUGGAAGGCGUGUCAUAAAACAUCCAAGCUGCCAAAGUGUUCAACCGCUGCCCUGGUUCUGUUCUUUGAGUUCGUGGUGUCUGGAGGUGCAGCAAUUCUCACCAUUGCCGCGAUGCCGCACUUGGACAUCGUGAGCAACGUGGCCAUACUAAACAGUGUAGCCGUCAUCUCCUCGCUCUUCCAGGUGAUCGCUCAGUGCAGCGCCAACGCCAGAAACCGCUUCUUGGUGCCCAGCAUCUUCGCCUUCCUCCUCAUUCUGCUUGGAUACGUGCUGUUCCUCACCUUGUACAUCACCAAGAACCCUGCGGACACCAGGACAGUUGUGUGGGUGGGACUGGCUGUUGGCGGCUCCUUCUUUGUGUCUUUCAACUGGUGGGAAGGCUACUUCCAGCUCAUCAGCAAAAGCAGCGGUUCCGUCUUCUUCAAGAACCUGUGCCAAGACUUGACCACGUGCCAGAACGUCCUGCACAUCCUCUCCAGCGUGCUCAGGAUCCUGGUGACUGCCUGUGUGCUUGGAGCCUACGUUCCUCUGUCCAAAAUGGACUGGUUCGUCCUCAAGUCCAUCUCGCGCUUCGAGACCAAGGUCAUCGUCAUCACAGUUGGGGUCCAGCUGAUCUCGUCGGCGCUCUGCCACUGGUUUGGACUGGCAGCCUGCAAGAUGCACGCCCUGCGGCGAUGCUUCAUCCUGCCUCUGUACCUGGCCUCGCUCGCUGUUCUGGCUCUGUUUGUGAUCCCUGUCGUUGUUUACUAUGAGCAGUACAUAAAAGGUCCAAAUACCACUACAGUCAUCGACUUCGGCGGCUACUGUGAUGCAGUUGUAAAUAACAGAAACCAAAGUGUGACCGGCAGCGUGUUUCCUCAACUGGUUCUGGACGUUACACAAACCCUGUGCUUCCUCGGCCUCACGAAGGUCUUUGACAUUGGCAUCCUAACAGGGUCAUCAGCGUCCUUGUGGCUCGGUCUCGUACUGGCCACCAUCCAUCUGUGGCAGCUCAACGUGAGUCGGAUCCAGAGAACCCAAGACCUGUUCAUCCGGAGGCUGUAUGAAGGAGCCUUCAUUGAGCAGUCGCUGCUCCUCAACACCCGGUUUGACAUCCAGACCACAGGCAGGAAGAAGAGAAAUCGACCAAUUGAAACGGUGAUGGUGUAUCUGUGUGCGACCAUGUGGCACGAGACCUACGAUGAGAUGAUGAAAAUCAUUAUCUCCAUGUUUAGGUUGGACAAGUACAGACCAAAGGCAGAUCCAAAGUUCAAUGAUUUCACCUUUGAAGCUCAUAUCUACUUCGAUGACGCAUUUGAACACAUUGGAAGGAGCGAAGACGUUCAGCUCAACAAAUACGCAAAAAACCUGGUGGAAAUCAUCACAGCAGUUUAUCGGACCUUCACAAACAUGAACGGUACGCUGUUCAGAAGAAACGAGCCGAUCCCCGAUCAGAAGAUCCUGAUGACGCCGUACGGAGGCCGUCUGAUCAUCACCAUGCCGUCUGGGAACAACAUCGUAAUCCACUUCAAGAACAAAGACCUCAUCCGUCACAAGAAGAGAUGGUCUCAGGUCAUGUACCUUUAUUACCUUCUGGGCUUUAAACUCAUGACCAAAUUUUACGAACGCUGGCAGAAAGGAGAGACCGAGGUCGACAUCAGACCCCACAUCAAGAAAGACAAGCAGAACACCUACAUCCUGGCUUUAGAUGGAGACACAGACUUCCAGCCGUCGUCUGUUAUGCUCCUCAUCGACCGUCUCAGAAUGUACCCACGUGUUGGGGCAGCAUGCGGCCGGAUCCACCCCACUGGAUCAGGUCCUACAGUGUGGUUCCAGAAGUUCGAGUACGCCGUGAGUCACUGGCUGCAGAAGACGGCGGAGCACGUGCUCGGCUGUGUGCUCUGCAGCCCCGGAUGCUUCAGUCUCUUCAGAGCAGCAGCUCUGAUGGACGACAACGUGAUGAAAACAUACGCCACCAAAUCCACAGAGGCCAGCCACUUUAUCCAGUACGACCAAGGAGAAGACCGCUGGCUCUGCACGCUGCUGCUGAAGCGGGGCUGGAGAGUGGAGUACAACGCUGCCUCGGACGCCUACACCAACGCACCUGAGGACUUCAAGGAGCUCUUCAACCAACGGCGGCGAUGGGGACCUUCUACGUUGGGCAACAUUGUGGAUCUGCUGGGUGACACCAACUCCAUUUCCAGGAGGAACACGUCCGUGUCCAAACUCUACAUGUUGUAUCAACUCUUUAACAUCCUCUCAUCAAUCCUGUCGCCUGCCACCAUCUGCCUCUUGAUUGCAGGAAGUCUGAACUUCAUCUUUUCACUUAAUUCUAUUGGUGCCCUGGUCCUCGCUGUGAUUCCUCCUGCUAUUUACUUGGGUCUCUGCUUUAAGCUCAAGGCAAACACUCAGAUCCUCAUUGCAGGAAUACUGAGUGUCAUGUACGCGUUCCUCAUGUUGGUGGUGACGUUGUCCAUCAUCGGUUCGAUGGUGGAGCAGCAAACCAUCCUGACUCCUGCCAGCAUGUUUGUCAUUGUGAUAGCAGGGAUCUACAUAGUCACUGCUUUACUGCAUCCCCAAGAAUUCCGUCUGCUGUUCUACGGUGUGCUCUACAUCGUCUGCAUCCCCAGCGCCUACCUCAUUCUCAUCAUCUACUCCAUGGUCAACAUGAACAACGUGUCCUGGGGAACCAGAGAGACAAAUCCUACUGCUGGGGCUGAGAGACCUGCAGCCAAGGCUCAGCUGACAACAGCAGAGAAAGCUAAAAACACCCUGCAAAAGUUUGUUUCAUGCAUGAGAUGUAAAACCUGCAACCAGAGGGAAGAUACCACCAUGAUCCUAGAGCCUGGCCAACAUGAACUUGAGCCCCAAAACACUAUUGUAGAGGACGUACGAGUUCCAGAUGAAGAGGAGACGCCAAUGGAAAUAAUUUAUGACGUCUCUAACCAAAGUUGGGUUGCAGACUUACAACAAUUGUCUAUAAUAAAUGACAUGCGGUUGGAGGAGGACUUCCUUGAGCAGGAGGAGCAGGAUUUCUUCUUUGAGCUUCAGGAUAAAUACCUGAAACCUCUGGACGAUGACAAAAAUAGGAAGAAACAGAUAGCCAGUGACCUGAAAGACCUGAGGAACAAGGUCACCUUCGCCUUCUUCAUGUUUAAUGCUCUGUGGCUGGUGGCGACUUUAACCCUCCAGAUUAACAGUGACACCUUCGCCAUCAAGAUCCCAAAGAUAACGCUCCCCUACAAUAACACACACACAUACGUUAAAGUCGAACCCAUUGGUUUCAUGUUCAUUCUGGGAUUUGCUUUUACUGUUGUGGUCCAGUUUUUCACCAUGAUAUGGCACAGAGUCUACACACUCAUCCACUUCGUAGCCUUUUUGGACACUGAACCUAUAAAGAAAAGAACAGAAGACCAAGACUUGUAUCAACCAGGCAGAAGGGAUGAUACCGUCUCCGUCACAGAGACUGACAUCACUGAGGAAACCUACUCUGACUAUUCUGACAGUGAUGACGAUACCUAUGAACGAGUGCACCCACCGAGUUCCAUUGAAGCAACAGACAUGUGAACAGAUGUUUUUAGCUGUUAGUAUGGUUAUUUUUCUCACAUUCACAUUAAGUCAAGUGCAAUUUAUUCCUAAAAAUGUCCUUAAAAGCUGCUGCCACGAAGGACUCAGCAUCAAACAGUUUGAGUUAAUGUUGAACUGUAUGAAGCAACUCAGGCACAGAGAGCAGAAAAACUCAGGUCAGUACUGAUUUUUUAGGAAGAAGCUUGUAUGUUUAUGUUUUCUGUGACUUUAUAGUACACUGUGAAUAUGAAAGGAUGAAGUUUUAGGAAGUGUCUUGAUAGCCAGGACACUGUCACAGACAAACUGAUGAAGAUAUUGGAUUGACUGUAGUUUAUGGUAAAUCAGGGAAAUCUAGUUAGUUGAUCAUUACUUGAAUCUGAAAAAACAGGGACAUAAAACAGGGAUUCUUUAAUAAAAAGCCAAUAAUUGGUCUCACUGAUAAAAAGCACAAAUUAUCGCUAAAGGCACUUUAGUUCAACUUAUUAAAAACAUAUUGGAUUGCAAAUCCCAAGCACUUUAACAUUUUAAGCUUUUAGAUUGAAUGGUUUAUUUUGUACAACUAUAGAUAAUAGGUUAUUUCCAUUAACAAUACACAACAAAACUAAAAAUGGCAAAAAAAAAUUGUGUAGUGCCUUAUUAGUUUUAGAGCUUUCCGUCUGUAAUGAAAUCAUUACAUAUUUUAUGAACACCCCUCCAAACUCCUGUGGAUGUUAUUCAGUGAUGGGUGAAGACAGAAAACACAGUUUUCAUCUGUUGUGUUAGUGAAUAUUUAUUUUAGAGAGUGAAAAAUGUCUGACAAUAUAUAUGCAUACAUUUAAAUUAUUGAACAAAUAUAUUAUAAGUUUAGCUGCUGUUGUGUACUAUGUAGUGACUUCUCAAUAAAGCAUGA